GGUCGGGAAGUAAUGGCGCUGGAGGUUCGCAGGCGGCUCUUUAAAAUCCUCAUGCGCUUCGGCGCCAUCAUCCUGACCCGCUUCCCGUUCUGGAACUGCUUCAGCAUGUUGAUGCUGUUCGCGGAGCGGGCCGACCAGCGCAGGAAGCCAGAUAUUCCAGUGCCAUACCUCUAUUUUGAUAUGGGUGCUGCAGUGAUUUGUGCCAGUUUCAUGUCUUUUGGAGUGAAGAGAAGGUGGUUUGCUUUGGGGGCUGCCCUCCAAUUGGCUGUUAGCACAUACGCGUCAUACAUUGGAGAACAAGUCCAUUAUGGGGACUGGCUGAAGGUGAGAAUGUAUUCCAGAACUAUAGCUGUCAUUGGAGGAUUUUUGAUUUUAGCAAGUGGUGCUGGUGAAGUUUAUCGGCAAAAGCCACGGACCAGGUCGUUGCAGUCUACUGGGCAGGUGUUUCUUGGCAUCAACCUUAUUUGUGUGGCCUACUCCCUGCAGCACAGUAAAGAGGACCGUCUGGCCUAUCUGAACCACAUCAUAGGAGGUGAAAUUACACUCCAGUUGUUGUUUGUACUAUAUGCUGUACUGGCCUUGUCUUUCCUCUCUGGCUAUUGUGUACGGACUGCAGCCCAGAUACUGUCUGUUCUUAUGCCUCUUGUAGUUCUCUUUAUCGAUGGCAAUGUGGGCUAUUGGCAUCAUUCCCGCCGGAUUGAAUUCUGGAAUCAAAUGAAGCUCCUUGGGCAGAAUGUGGGCAUUUUUGGUGCUGCUAUAAUUUUGGCAACAGAUUGUUAAUACUUUUAAACGUGGGGUUCUUUAAUGCAUGGCACAAAUGAAGCAACUGCCUUGUACUGCUAUUUAUUUGACUUUUUUAAAUGUAUAGGUUCUUAAAUAUAUUUUCACUAUAGAUCAUUUUCUUGGACAGUUCUGUAGAAAACAAAACUUGUGUAUGAACAAUUGUUUGGAUGCUGGUGAAUCUCUGAGGGCCGACUUGGUGGAUGUAUGCUUCUAUGGCAGUGCUCACUCUCUAGGUCCAUAUGCAGAGAAAUCGAGAGCUGCUUUUGGCAGGUCAGCUUUCAUGCCAGGAGUAUAUGUUUGGAAACGUAGCCCACUGUUUUAUUGAUCUCCUCCUUUUUCACUGAAUUCCAAUUUGAAUAAAUUAUUAGAUCUAUGUGCUGCAUCAUGAAUGAUAUAAAAGACCCAGAAUUUGUUACAGUGUGAUAUCCUAUGAGUGGUGAAAUUUGUUGUGUAUUCAUUUAUUCUCCUAGCAAAAUAAUUUUGAAAGGUUUCUCUUAGCACCGGUAAAUUGACUUCUUUCCACCUUUAAAAUUCCCAACACUUUUUCCUAUUUCUUUCCCAUCAUGUCUCAGUUAUUCAUGCUGGCAAGCUACACUGGAAAUGUGCAACUGAGGUCCCAGCUGAUCUAGCUGGCAACUUCGAGACUACUUUUGUGUAAGGUCAGUGGGUUUCCUACAGAGCCAGCAGGACAUUUUGAGAACAUUGUUCUUUUAAAUGUCAAGUUUAUUUUCCACCACAAUGUCACUGGUAUCCCCAGCUGCACAGUUUAACAAGGCAGUGCAUCCAUCAGGUUCUUCAGAUCUGGAGUAGCUUAAGUAGAAUUGAAACUCUAUCUGAUCCAGAAGGAUUUCUUUUUUAAAAUGGCCCAUUUUAGUUUUGUAGCUGUGUUGGCAGAUCAAUGGUGAAGCUACCAGAAAAUCAGCUUUGCAGGGCAGGUCCAUAUUCUUCUUCACAGCAAUAUUAAUUUUGGUUUUUAGAUGUGGUGCAUAGCUAAUGUUCCAGGUUUUUUGCUCUUGCUAAUCUUUUAGUUAAUUUGUAUGACUUUUUCACACUCAUCUCAGAUUUCUGAGUCCUUUAGGUUUUACAGCAUCUGUUUCCUUUGACAAAUAAUAAAACAGUUCCCUGUGAAGGAAGAUCAGUUUUUAUUUUUAAAAUAUAAAACUGCAUAUCCUAAUCUAAAAAGUUUCUUAAGAGACUGCAACCAUGAAAUCCUUUGUCUCCAUUUUUUUUUUCAGUGAAGCAGUAAUGGGAAAAGCUUUGAUAAGAUCGAAAAGUAUUCCUCCCGAAGUAUGACAAAUCAUUGGGAACUUUCAUUAGUUUUCAGACUAACUGUAAGCUCUCUUUAUUUUCCCUUUAGCAUCCCUAGUUUCCCACCAAGCAUAUCAAUGUGGAGAUUGUAUAGCUCUUCAAAAACAUUUAGUGACCAAACAGAUUCAAAUUAGAAUUAAAACAGUAGUACCUUAGUGAGAAAGGAGGGGAUAUUUUGUGUUCAGCUAUAUUACCAUUAGGAAUUUCAGAAUUAUUAAAAUGAGUUGCGGAGUGCUGGAUUUUGUCAUAGUUUGUUCCUGUUAAUCUUUUGAGUUUUUUUGUUAGUAAAAUUCUUAGUUCUAUCUUUUUCCAUUGCAGUUAUAUUUAGCAUUG